AUGUCAGAUCAAACUGAAGGUACCAGUUCCCCCCCUACAGUAACCUCGAGAGUGACCUCGAGAGAGGCUCAUCCUGAAGAGAUUUAUCCUCCUGGAUCAGUCAAGCUUCUCUGGGCAAAGGGGAAAGUCUAUGUACAUCCCUCCAAGAACAAGAAGGACAAUGUUGCUGGGUUUUUAACUCUUUCCAAAGAACACAAUACUACUAAUAAAGAUAUUUUGGUAUCUUUCACCCCAGAAUAUUCCCUCAGUGCUACGGAAGUAGAGGUUUUCAACGAAUGUGACUUGAAGACCAAUGUCGAGGAUGCCGAGGUGGCAAACCUCAGUAAAGAUCAUUUGUUAAUGUAUCAAAGAAAAAAUGGCACUGGCAAACAGUUCUUCGUCAAAAAAUCAAUCAUCUCUGGUAUUGGAUCUUAUGCUUUUUCUCUUCCGAUUUCAAAUAUUUAUUCCAUUCAAUCACGUACUCCAAACUUGGGGUGGUGGUGGGGAUCAAUCAUCAUCAAUUCCCGAUCAAACUUUGAGAAAUUGCCAGUAUUAUUUUUCCAUGAUGACGAAUCCCAAAGUACUUUGAAGCAUCAAUCGAUGAAAAACAAGGACUUUAAUCCUUUUUCUUCCAACAACCCCGCUGAUUUGUUUUAUGGAGGGGAUCAAUUUUUCGAUUGUUUGAAGAAAUACUGUGUGGUGGAAAAAUCAAGCUUGGAGCAAGCGGUUUAUUUGAUCAAUCCCACCUCCGAUGAUCUUAGAGCUUUUGCCCCAUUGAAUGUGGUUGAGCAAGAUACGACACCGAUAGGUCUAUUGGGAGAUGCAUCAAAAGAAAGUAUCAAUAAAUUUCUCACUGGAGCAAAAUGGACCAUUCUUGAAUCUUUGGCAAGAGUUUCCCAACUAGCCAAGAAAAAUGUCAGUACUGUGAUUAAUGAUAGUCCUGAGCCGGUAAAAAAGCUCCUUCAAAGACCGGAAAUCAAAAGGUUGAACGAUGAUUUUGAUAGUGCCAAUAUUUAUUUAGCUAAAUGGGCCCUCAGUAUCCAAGAAGAAGCGGAAAGAAACAAAAAGAAGUAUGUUUUGGAUGAUAGCUACCGAAAUUUAUUGAACUCUGAGCUUGGAAUAACCUCAAUUGAUAGUUUGAGUGCAGUAGAGCUAGAAAAAGCCCAGCGUACCAAAGAAGUGUCUAAAAUUGAGUGGGAUUCAUUCUUUGACAAUGCUGGCAGAUUAUCAAUAACUGUGGGCGAAGUUAAAGAGCGGAUUUUCCAUGGCGGCGUGUCUUCUACCGUAAGAUCUGAAGCUUGGUUAUUCUUAUUGGGGGUUUAUCCUUGGGAUAGUUCAAGUUUCGAAAGGAAACAAAUCUUGAGAUCUUUGAAUGACGAUUACAAUUCGUAUCUUUCUAAAUGGCAAGAUAAUCUCGAGGAAUUGCAGAAUGAUGCUUAUUGGAAGGACCAGCGAUUUAGAAUUGAGAAGGAUGUUAAUAGAAACGACCGGAAUAUCUCCCUUUAUAAAGAAAAUGGUAAAGAAUCGGAAGAUGAUGUUGCUGAUAAUAUCAAGCUUAAUAACCCUCAUUUACGAAACUUGAAGGAAAUUCUAUUGACCUACAACCAGUAUAACAAGAACUUGGGCUAUGUUCAAGGAAUGUGUGAUUUGUUGUCGGUGAUUUAUUAUGUUUACCAAGACAAUAACAUCUCAUUCUGGUGUUUUGUUAAGUUUAUGGAAAGAAUGGAGAGAAAUUUUUUGAGAGAUCAAAGUGGAAUGAAGACACAAAUGGAAACCUUGAAUCAGCUAGUUUCGUUAAUGUUGCCUAAUUUGUUUCUCCAUUUGGAGAAAUGUGAUUCGAUCAACUUAUUUUUCUUUUUUAGAAUGUUGUUGGUUUGGUUCAAAAGAGAAUUCAUGUUUGAGGAUAUAAUUCCGCUUUGGGAAAAUUUCUUCACUGAUUACUAUUCUUCACAAUUCCAUUUGUUCUUUUGUUUGGCAAUAUUGUCGAAACAUGAACGGAUCAUUAUUGAACAUCUUUCAAGGUUCGACGAGGUUUUGAAAUAUAUGAAUGAUUUGAGUUUGACAAUGGACAUGAAAGACUUACUAGUCAGAGCUGAAUUGCUAUUUUUAAGGUUCAGGAAGAUGGUGGAUAUCAUUGAUCAUGGGGUUUUGAAUGAUAAAUUGAAUACUUUAAGAGCCGAGAUUUUGAAGAAUAAUAAGGGGAAAAGAAACCAGCCUUUGGAAUCCAGCUUGCCUCAUGCGUAUGAGGUUACUGAUGAUCUUAGGCUGUUAUUGAGUAAAGAUAUUAUUAUUCAACAAGAAAAGGAAAGAAUAGAAGGAGAGCCUAGUGAUUGA